AUGUCGAAAAUACCACGGAACUUUAAGCUCCUGGAAGAACUUGAAAAGGGAGAGAAAGGACUCGGAGCAGAGUCAUGCUCUUACGGAUUAAGUGAUCCAGAAGAUAUGACCCUGACACAUUGGAAUGCAACGAUUCUCGGACCUCCGAACAGUGUUCAUGAAAACAGAAUAUACUCACUUCAUAUAGAAUGCGGACAAUCGUAUCCAGAUAAGCCUCCAUCUGUUCGUUUUAUCAGCAAGAUCAACUUGCCAUGCGUUAAUAAAAACGGUGUCGUGAAGCCGGAACAUUUCUCUUUGCUAAGAAACUGGAAAAGGAGCUACAGUAUGGAAAUUAUACUUCUAGAGCUUAGAAAAGAAAUGGCUAGGAGUACAAAUCGCAAAAUUCCCCAGCCACCAGAGGGAGAAACAUACUGA